GGACUACACAAAAUUCUUCGCCGAAAAUGCUGCUAGACGUAAACCUUCAUGGAUUGGCCGGCUCAGGAUGUAUAGUACUAUCCCGAAUAUCUUGUGGUUGGCGGGGGGGCUUCCAAACCCAUCCCGCUUCCCGUUCUCUGAGGCAAAGGUGACACUGAGGGAUGGCACCGUGAUCAACAUCUCCCCCAAGACCAUGGCUGCUGCUUUGCAAUAUGGCAGCAAGGAAGGUAACGUGCAACUCUUGAACUACAUGUCGGGCCUAACGCAGAGGCUGCACGCACCCCCCUGCUGGCCUCAGACCAAGCAAUUGAUAACCAUGGGCCAGGACGGCUUGGCCAAGGCCUUUGUCAUGCUAGUCGAUCCUGGGGAUUACGUUGUCGUCCCUCAGCUUUGCAGUACUGAAAGUCUCUCUGAAUUAUCAGCUCUGAAUCCUCGCUACAUUUCUGUUGAGGAAGACGAAGAGGGGAUGUUGCCAGAUGACUUAAGAUCGACCUUGGCCCAACUGAAGCUAGAAUCUUUGAUCAAACAACAUGAAUUUCGACCUAAGCUCAUGUACGUGAACCCUAGCAGCAACAGCCCUUCAGGAAAGCGAAUGAACGAGCAACGUCGUCGGGAGAUCUACGCCAUUGCCUGCGAGUACGACCUGCUCAUUCUGGAGGACGACCGCUGCUACUUCCUCAACUUCAAAGAUGACCUGCCGCCAAGUUUCUUGAGUCUGGACACCGAAGGCCGAGUAAUAAGAUUCGACACCUUCUCCGAUGUUGUUAACACUGGAGAACUUACGGAGUGCAUCACGGGACCGAAACCACUUCUUGACUGUAUACUGCAUCAUGUGCAAGCCACAGUCCUCGGCGGGAUAGGUUUGCCUCAGGCUUUGUUCGCUGAGCUGUUCCGCGUCUGGGGUCUGGACGGGUUCCUACGCCACGUGAAGGAAGUGCGCCAACUGUACUGCAGCAGGAGAGAUGCCACGUUGCUGGCAGCGGAGAAGCAUUUGACUGGACUGUGCGAAUGGAAUGUGCCUGACGGUGGGAUGUUCUUAUGGCUCAAGGUCCCUGGAAUAAAAGACACGCGGGCGUUAUCGAGUGAGUGCAGUUCGGCCAACAACCUCCUGCUGGUGCCUGGGAACGGCUUCACCUCCAACCCGGAGCUUCCUUGUCAGUACUUAAAGGCUUGUUACUCUAGCGCAUCGCCUGAGCAGAUGGAUAAGGCCUUCGGAAUCCUGGCGGAUCUAAUAAGAGAGGAAAUGCAACGGAAUAAGUGUUUGCAAGCUCAAGCAUAAACAUUUCAGCAAAGGGUCA